AUGUCUUUGAGGUCAAGAAACUUGCACCACAAACAUUUCAAUGUAUCUUUUCCAGACGAGCGAAUCGUGCAGAUUACUCUGAACAGACCUGACAAGCUCAACUGCAUUGAUCAAGCCACUAGCAAAGAAAUUGCCCAGAUCUGGGAGUGGUUCGAUCAAGAUGAGAGUUUAUGGGUCGGUAUCAUUACAGGGAAUGGUCGAGCCUUUUGCACUGGCGCCGAUCUGGCAGAAUGGAACGAGAUGAACAGACGCGGCAUUAUCAACGACAUGUCAGCACCUGGCCUUGCUGGUCUGCCACGUAGAGCAGGAAAGAAACCCAUCAUCGCUGCCGUCAAUGGUAUCACCAUGGGCGGUGGUUUCGAGAUGGUUGCAAAUUGCGAUCUUGUAGUUGCCGUCUCCUCGGCCAUCUUCUCGCUGCCCGAAGUGAAGAGAGGCAUUGUACCAGUCGCUGGUUGCUUGCCUCGUUUGACACGAACCUUGGGUCUACAACGCACCACCGACCUCGUGCUCACGGGUAGAAACGUAACAGCCAAAACGCUUCAUGAUUGGGGACUUGUCACCGAAUUGGUCGACUCUGCUGAGGAUGUCGUACAUGCCGCUAUCAAGACUGCUCAGCUGAUGUGCAAGAACAGUCCUGAUGCGUUGGUUGUCGGCCGCUUGGGCAUCAGACUGAGCUGGGAAGCUGGUAGUGUCGAGGAUACCGUGACUACUCUUGCUAACGAGUGGUACCCACGUCUCGUGCAAGGCAAUAACUUCAAGGAGGGCAUCAAGGCAUUUGCAGAGAAGCGUCCACCUGUCUGGGUGAGCUCAAAGCUGUAG